AGUUGUCCCAUUCUGGCAUCGCUCUGGGCUCUGGAUCCUGGAUCUGGACUAGAUAUUGCGUAUUGAUGCUGACCGGUGUUGUCGUAGAGGUUAGAGAAGCGUAUAAAGGGUAAAGCGACGAACGUCGAGCGUCCAUUCUCAUUUCAAGGAAACUUAUUUUGAGCUUUAUCAGACGUCGUAGGCGCAUGGCGAUAAGAUUGAUUAAUCAUACAAGUGAAACAGAAUAACGACCACGCACGUUACCGAAUUCUAAGUAUUACGUAUAUAAUUUAACGUAGAGAACGUAGAGAAUUUAAGUUGGAUUCGACGCCACGAACGAGCGAGAACGCUAUUCACGGACGAGGCAAACAGGGUUUGCAUUAUUACUUAAAUCGUGAUAUAACUACGUAUAAUACCAAAGAGUAGUAUCAAUGAGCUCUCAACAAAGCCCAGCCGCCCUGCAAACUACCGUCGACCGCGAGAAGGUCUACACAUGGAUAAUCGAGCUGUCAAAUCCGGACACCCGGGAGAAUGCUCUGUUGGAAUUGAGCAAGAAGCGCGAAGUGGUGCCCGAUCUGGCACCGAUGCUCUGGCAUUCGUUUGGCACCACGGCCUCUUUGUUGCAAGAGAUCAUCAACAUCUAUCCUGCAAUUAAUCCUGCAACUCUAACUGCUUAUCAGAGCAACCGGGUAUGCAAUGCCUUGGCACUUUUGCAAUGCGUGGCCAGCCAUCCAGAAACGAGGUCUGCAUUCCUACAGGCUCAUGUUCCAUUAUUUCUGUAUCCAUUUCUGCAUACUGUUAGUAAAACAAGACCAUUCGAAUAUUUGAGAUUAACAAGUCUUGGAGUGAUUGGCGCACUUGUCAAAACAGAUGAGCAGGAAGUGAUUACUUUUCUGCUUACUACGGAAAUUAUCCCAUUGUGUCUACGAAUUAUGGAAAGUGGUUCUGAAUUGAGUAAAACUGUAGCGACGUUUAUACUACAGAAAAUUUUGCUGGAUGAUAGCGGCUUGUCUUAUAUCUGUCAAACAUAUGAUAGAUUCAGUCAUGUUGCAAUGAUCUUAGGAAAAAUGGUUCUAUCCUUAGCAAAAGAUCCUUCUGCAAGAUUACUUAAACAUGUUGUGAGAUGUUAUCUAAGAUUAUCUGAUAAUCCAAGAGCAUUGUUAGCCUUAAGACAGUGCUUACCAGAUCAAUUGAGGGAUAAUACAUUUGCAACAUGCUUGCAAGAGGAUGCUUCAACAAAGCAUUGGUUGUCUCUACUUCUUAAAAACUUAGAGACUGGUCCACAACCGGGUCCGCCGACACAACCAGGACAAGAUCCUCGGACAAUUGGCAUGUCGCCGCUCGCUUCCUGAACUUAUCAAAUUUCCGAUAAUUGUAAGGUAUGUUACAUAUAAGACCGAACAUCAAACGCAUCUUUCCGUGAAUCGUUCUGUAUUUUUUUCAUAAUAAUUAAUGGCUAUGCCAUCUACAUAUUAUUUCACAAAUCGUGCUGUGAGAACUAGUAAUAAGUAUAUCAUCGAUUUGGAAAUCAAAUACAUGAUAAUUGUAAAUAUUGUAUAGAUGCUUGUGCGGCAAGAUCUAGCAGUUACAAUUUUAAUAUAAUUUGAAUCCAAUAAAUGUCCAUUUUCUUUCUUGAAGUUUAGGAUUGUCAGCGAAUAAUAUUGACAAGUUUAUACAAUUUUGUUUUGUGCGAACGAGAUAUUACAUAUGGUAUAAGAAAAAUGACAGAUAUAUAUAUAUGAUAUGCGUACUUUAAUAUGUAAGAAUUAUAUGUAAAAGCAACAAAAGUGUGAUUGUUAUAUAUACAUUUAAUUGCCAGAUAUUCUGAUAGAAUUUACAAUAGAUACAUUUUAUAACAUAAAUUCAAGCAUUAUCUAUUGCUUGAAAAAUAUUUUAUUGCGUAAAAAUCAUUCUUCAAGAGAUAUGUAUACAAGUAGACAUAUGCAUAUAUUGCGAUUAAUAUUCAACUAACUAAUAUUGAAUGAAAGAUGUUCUUUCAUUCAUUUUGUAUAUUAUUAUGAGCCUAAUUAAAUUAACUAGCUAAUACAUAAUGCAUUACAUACAAAACCAUGUAAGCAAAAUUUUACUGCUUCAGUUUGUGUACAAUGGUUUAUAAAGGUAAGGCUUAACAUUUUAAUAUGCCGAGACUUACGCGGUUAAUUUUAAAUCGUUCUGAUCUCAAGUUUUAUAAAUUUCAGAAGUCUUUAAUUUAGAAAAUUGGAACCAGAAUGAUUAAAAUUAAUUGCAUAAUUCUUGAGAUAUCAAACAUUAAACUGUUAAGCUUUACAUGGGUCGUCUUAUAAGAUUAAUUUACGCGCGUGUAUAUAUAAUAAGAUAUAUUCGAGAGAGAGAGAGAGAGAGAGAGAGUUAGUUAGUUAGUCAAUCUUGUAUCGUUGUGAUAAAUUGAUAACAGGGUACACUAUGUAUGAGGAUUAAACCAUUUCAUAAUACACCGGCAUCAUUUAUAUCACCAAACAAUUGCGCGAGUCAUAGUUUAAUUUGAUUUAAUUUUUAUGAUAUGUUAAACUGGAUUCACAUAAAUAUAAAUUUGAUUUGU